AUGAACAGUUUGGGGAAACAAGAUCUCAGCUUCAUCAAUUCGUACCGAUUCCAAGUAUCUGAUAUCCACACGGACAUGCUCAAUGUGAACCCGAGUCCCACAGGUGUUCAUUUCGAGAGGACGGACAACCAGCUGACCAAGAGCAUAUCAACUGUUCUCAAAGUUUUUGUCAAUGCAGUGGAGGGCUUUCACCGCGAGUCGAAUGCAUCGACCCUGCUCAGCCCCAAGGUUUCCAGUGAAGACUCGACAUCCACGUCAUCUCGUUGGGCUCAAGGCGAGCAGCUCUUCAAAUAUCUUCAAAAUGUGCGGAUUGAUGUCGAUCCUGGCAGGCCGUCGAUGGAAUUCGACGCUGACGGGACCCGCAGUUCGGUCGAGCUGACGAUUGUCAAUUUACAACCGAGUAAUAGCGGUGGAUCUGGUAGAGAACUUCUAUAUGGAGACAAAAAGAUUGGCCAUUGGCACUCGUGGAAGAAGGAUGGACUCGAUAUCCAAGAUAUCGUAUGGCCCGGUCAUAGUCACGUACCACCUGAAGACGGUCCUGACAAGUUCCACUUGAAAGUUGCCUUUUUGGAGGAGCCGCCUGUUCCGGUUAGCGGUCGCUGUCCUGUCAGCCAUGGAGUAGGCCUACCUUGUCGCGUUGGCAACCAUGUUCCGCUGAACGGGGAAACUGAUCCGGGGAUGUUUCCAGCACGAAACGUGACGCAAUGUUGUUCCGGCUUCUGCAUCGAUCUGCUUGAGAAGUUCAGCGACGAUCUCGGGUUUACUUACGAGCUCAUCAGAGUGGACGACCCAAAGUUCGGCACUCAUGUGAAUGGAAGGUGGAACGGGCUGAUGGGAGCGCUGGCCAAUCGCAGAGUGGAUAUGGUCAUGACAUCUCUGACAGUCAACGCCGAGCGGGAGCACGUCGCUUAUUUCACAACUCCUUUCGUGGAGACGGGCAUCGCUAUUUUGGUGGCCAAGAGGACCGGCAUCAUUUCGCCAACUGCAUUUCUAGAGCCGUUCGAUACGGCAUCUUGGCUUCUCGUCGUCGUCGUUGCCUUUCAAGUAGCCGCCCUGGCCAUCUUCCUCUUCAAGUGGCUCUCUCCGUCCGGAUAUAACAUGCAGUUAUGCGUUCCGACCAAUCAGCGUUUCUCGCUUUUCCGGACCUACUGGCUCGUCUGGGCCAUCCUUUUCCAGGCUUCUGUCAACAUCGACUGUCCGAAGGGGUUCACAUCGAGAUUCAUUUCCAACGUCUGGGCCACAUUCGCCGUCGUGUUUCUAGCCAUUUACACUGCCAAUCUGGCGGCCUUUAUGAUCACUCGCGAAGAGUUCUACGACCAGAGUUGCGUCGAAGACCCGCGACUGAUGAGCCACAAGAGUCACGAGCCGCCGUUCCGCUUUGGCACCGUGUCCAACACUCACACGGAGGCGACCAUUCUCCGGCACUACAAGGAGAUGCACUACCACAUGCGAAACUGCAAUCUCAAUGAAAUUCGAGCCGGAAUCGAAGCUGUCAAACGAGGUGAAUUGGACGCUUUUCUUUACGACGGCGCAGUGCUAGACUAUUUGGUGGCCCAGGACGAAGGUCGUCUGUUAACCGUCGGCUCGUGGUACGCCAUGACAGGUUACGGUGUCGCCUUCCCUCGCGGCUCCAAAUAUGUGGCACCUUUCAACGAAAAGCUGCUGAAAUACAUUGAAAACGGCGAAGUCGAUCGUUUGCGUCGCUUCUGGUUAACCGGCGUCUGUAAGCCAUACAAGGAGGAGUGCCAGUUUUCCGAGCCGCUGUCAACCGAGCAAUUUCUGUCCGCCUUCUUGUUGCUCCUCUCGAGCAUCGGACUGGCCUUUCUCCUCCUCUGUCUCGGGCACAUUUACUUUCACUCCAUCCGCCCCCAUCUCACAUCACCGACGACCGGCGCUUGCUGAUCUCUCAUUUCGAUUAACAUGGGCAAGUCGCUGACAUUCCGGGACGCCGUUUUCGAAACGCAGGACAGAUUGAAAUCGCAUCGUUGCCGCGACGCCAUCUGUCGCUUGCAUUUGCGAAGACUGAAUCUCCAGCUGGAUGUAACGCGUAAGAGGAUCCGCCAACUGGAGAAGCAACUCGGCGGCGGCAGCAAUCAAUAUCUCGGCCCUGUAGGGAAUGAUAAGCAUCGGGAGGUCGCCGAGGAAAGAAAUGUAAUGGAAUGUCCAGCGACGAUGCGUCCUGUAGGGUGAUGGUCUGCGCAUCGAUCCUUUAUUAGGAGCGAACUUCGACUGUUGAUCUUACACUUCAGUCAACAAGUUUUCCAGGAAAUUGAUUUUAAGGAAAUCAUCUAGAUCCAAUUGCAAAACCUGGCAACGGCCUCCACGCCAAAGGGAAUUUCACAAGUGAUGGACGCAACGUAACGCAUAAUCAGCAAUCCUGUAGGUCCGUGCUGUUUUUCCGUUGCGAGGGUCAUUAAAACGUGAUGUAACGAUGAAUGAUUGAAAGUUCUGAUAAUAAUCAAGAAAAAUAUUGAUGGUGAUGGCGGUGCCGAUAAACGACGAGGAAAUUGUUUGGAAAUCAUAAUUAUAUAACUAGUAAAAAAUUUAAAUGAUCUGUUCAAUACAAAGUUGAUGAGAUGA